AUGCCAGUGGGGGGUUCAGCGCACAGCUUCACCAGUGAUAUGGAGUGGCUGCAGCCACGGACGGAAAAGGGGGAGUUGGCGCCAUCUGACAUCGCAGCGCAUUCACUUUGUGUACUGAGGCCCCUCAAGUUGUCUGAAUUACAGCGCGGCUCGCGGCAUGCCGUUUACUCCGCUGGAAAACAAACCGCCGGCGUUCUCAGCGGUGCGGAUGGACGGGGGCGUCACCAGUUGUUACGUCAAGAAACCACCACCGCGGACGUGGCGGCGAGGCAGGGACGAAUCCCCGCCAUGUUUCGGGGACCGGCAAAGGGAUGUGCGACGUACAGCUCUCUGGGCGACGCCGUCGUCUGCUCCGCGUGGGGCAAAAAGUCCCUCGCGGCAGGCAAAUGGGAAGAGGCGAUUUUGUUUACGUCGCGGUUGCCCGAAAAGAAAUCGUCGUUGACGACGAGGCACCUGCCGUGGGGGAAAUUCACGAUACGGCGGACUCGACACCCGUCGCCGAAGGAGAGGGCCGCACUCGCCCAGCCUCUCGCUUACGCGGCGCCUGACACGACAUGUGCCGUCGCAGUGGCCGACACCGUUGCCUCACCCGACUCCACCGUCUCCCCCGCGUCUCCCGCCUCUCCAGACUCUUCCAGCGGGUUGUUGCUUUCGCAAUUGGGAUUGAGGGGUUUUUCGAAAAGAACCAAAUUGCGGAGCUGCCAGGCCGUGUUUGAACGGACAUCCAAAGUGCUGCUGCGGGAGAAGGGGUACCGUGAAAGGAUACUAGAGAUUGUGGAGGAGGUUUGUGAUGCGGUGCGCGCCGCUGCCGCAGUGAAUGUUGCGGAUACCGAUGAGGGUGACGGAGUGCAAAUGAUGGGCGACUUUCCUGCAGCUUCUACCGUUUCGUUGCCUACAGGGGGUGUAUUUGGCCCUCCAACGGCGGUCACGGAAGAAGCGUCGUCCAAGUCCCGGAGCAUUUCCCGGCUUCACAAGAUGGGCCACAGCUGUAAACAAUUUUUGAGCGUUGAUUCUGCUUCUGCCAUGCCGCCAUUGAGCCUGCAGAAGGAACCGGUGCCCACGUCGCAGGAACAACAAAAAUUUCCGGGCACAUCCGGUGAACGGAUACCCAACGCGGCUACGCAGGAAACUGUUCUACCGAGGCUGAGGGAAUCCACUAAUAGGCCGUUGGGGGUGGAGGCGGUGCGGGAUGUCGGCUCCACCCCUUAUGAUGCUGCAGCGGUCAAGGAAAAAAAAGAAACGCAAUCCAAUGGGAUGGAGAAAGAAGUCUAUGAAUUCCCUUCCAGACAUUAUCAUAAUGAAAGCGCAAAAGUGGAGGAAACCUCGAGCGGGUUUCAUACCCCCGUUGCAUUCCGUUCUCAGUAUCAGAUACCAUAG